GUGCCAGAGCGCGGCACCGGAGGAGAGCGGGCUGAGAUCCGCCGGUUCCGCUCGCCCGGGCCCUGCCGCGAGGGUCGCUCCGGGAGGGCAGGGGCGACCCGCGGCUCCCCCGCCGCAUCCUCGGACGUGCUGCUGCUCCGGGCUCUGCCUCCCCCGCGCUGGGAAGGGCGGGCCGCCGGCCGCAGGGCUCGGGGGAGGUGCCGGCCGUGCCCGGGGAGGGGUCACCUGCCCCGUCCGGAGCCGGCCGCCGGGAUGCCGCCCGCCAGCGCUGCCAACGCUAAUUGGAUGUUCCCUGGAUGGAGGAUUUCCUCCCCUCCCGGCUGCGGGAGUCACGGAGGCAGGCUCGGUUGCGCUUGAAAGUUUGCCAAGCAGCAGCUAGGUUUAAUUUCUUUAAGGAUCUGGGGAGAAGGGAAAGGGGGCGGGGGGGGCGGGGGCUGGAAGGGGACCGUUUCCAAGCAUGGGAGACAGGCUGCCGGAGCCUCACGCCAGCUCUUCCCCUGCUGUGGCUGCCAGCUCAGAGGCGGAAGAAAUCGAGGUGCUGGACUCAGAGGAUGUCCUACCUAUGGCUGCAGAGGAUCACUGGAAAGCCCUAUUUGAUCAGAGAGAUAGCUGUUCCUGCAGGCAGGCACUAAAGGCAGAGAAAAGCAGCUGGAAUGAAGCACAAGUCAGGAAGCAGGCUGAAAUGUUUGAUCCUGACAACACCGGCUACAUCAGCACUGAGAAGUUCCGCUCCCUUCUCCAGAGGCACGGCUCAGAGCUGGACCCCCACAAGCUGGAGGUCCUGCUGGCCCUGGCAGACAGCAACUCCGAGGGGAGGAUCUGCUACCAGGACUUCGUCAACCUGAUGAGCAACAAAAGGUCGAACAGCUUCCGGCAAGCCAUCCUGCAGGGGAACCGGAGGCUGUGCAGCAAGGCACUGCUGGAGGAGACAGGGCUGAGCCUUUCUCAGAGGCUCAUCCGGCAUGUUGCAUAUGAAACCUUGCCCCGAGAGAUAGACCGCAAGUGGUACUAUGACAGCUACACCUUCUGCCCUCCACCCUGGUUCAUGAUAACCAUCACUAUUGUAGAGGUUGCCUUUUUUCUUUACAACGGAGUGGUAUUAGACAGAUUUGUGCUACAAGUCAGCCAUCCCUUAUACCUGAAGAAUGCAUUACUUUACCAUCCUCAACUCCGUGCUCAGGCUUGGAGGUACCUAACCUACAUAUUCAUGCAUGCAGGGAUAGAACACCUUGGACUCAACGUUGUCCUCCAGCUCUUGGUUGGAGUUCCCCUGGAAAUGGUGCAUGGAGCUGCACGAAUCAGUUUUGUGUACGUUGCUGGAGUUGUGGCAGGGUCCCUGGCAGUGUCAGUAGCUGAUAUGACUGCGCCUGUGGUGGGCUCCUCUGGAGGCGUGUAUGCUCUUGUCUCAGCCCACUUGGCCAACAUAGUCAUGAACUGGUCAGGAAUGAAGUGCCAGUUCAAACUGCUGCGCAUGGCUGUUGCCUUGAUCUGUAUGAGUUUUGAAUUUGGAAGAGCUGUGUGGCUGCGAUUCCACCCCUCUGCUUACCCCCCAUGCCCACACCCCAGCUUCAUGGCUCACCUGGGAGGGGUGAUGGUUGGAAUCACCCUUGGUGUCAUCAUCCUGAGGAACUAUGAGCAGAGACUCCAAGAUCAGACUUUAUGGUGGAUCUUCCUUUCUAUUUAUGUCAUUUUUGUCUUGUUUGCCAUCUUCUGGAACAUUUUUGCCUACAGCCUAUUGGAUCUAAAGCUACCUCCCCCUCCUUGAUAACAUGGGACAGAAACUUGAGAACAGAAGUCAUCUGUCAGCUAUGUUAAGUGAAUGAAGAUGGAGGAUCUAUUUUUAUAUUUAACUUAGGGGAGGAUGAUUCUUUCGAACACAGGUGUGUGCUGGAGGAGAUGCUUGAAGAUCUCAUGAAAGAAUGGGCUGGUCAGUUUGUUCACAAGUCUAGCAGGUACUGUAAAACUGGCUGGCCUGGCCCUGCUCCACUGGCAGGGCUCCCAUAGGGCAGCUUACACCUGGGCACUGAGCACUUGGUUUGUUAGCACACAUCAGGAUUUUGUACAAGAUAUUUGUAUUUUCCAGGUCAGUGCUGGAAUUACGGCCAGUGGUUGAAGGAAUCUCCUCAAUGUUACUGAACACUAAAAGGGAAGCAAGCAGACAUUUGCUCAUGAGAGACUCGCAUUGUACCCACAAGGCUGUUUGGGUUUGGUUUCUGUGGACACAUUUGACGGUUCAGCCAUACCAGUGCCACUGUCUAAUUACUUGAAUGCUUUCUAAGAUAUUUUAGCCUAUGGUGAAACCUGUAUUAUGCACCUUUCAAAGGAAUCAGCAGAACUCAAUCACCCAAAGUGAUGGAGACUGAUCUUCAACUACAGGUCAAAUGAAAUUGCACUAUAAACCUUGGGAAUCUUAGAGUGUUGUGGACACCCAGCCAGAGGUGACUUUUGCUGUGCAUGUUUCACCUGAUUUUAAUUCAUUAUCCCCCCUCCCCAGCCUGCUGUGGCAGAGGGUGUAGUUGGGGGUUCUGUUUUGGGAUGGAGCAAAAGGAGGGCAAAUGUUCAAUUGUGUUUUUAUCAGCUGACAAUCAGGUGCUGUUUUCUUCUCACUUUAUUCCUGGACACAUUGAUCUAACACCUAGCCUGCAGUGAGCUCCUAGCAAGGAUCUCAACUCUUCCAGCAGGCUCUUACUAGAAAAGUGGGACCAGAAUCACCUAUAGCAGUGCAGGGUAGGAACAAGCUAGUCUUUACAGCCAUACAGUCUAUUUGGGACCAUACCUGUCCACGUAAGUCACUGGAGUUACAUCAGGUUGUGCGUACCACUGGUUUCCCACUGAAGUGGACAGGGUGUUACUGUGUUGCAGUGAUUAUUGUGAAAUUGAUAAAAGCGGUUCAGGGGCUCCAGGCAACAGUUAGUUGCAAUGAUGCCUUUUUCUUUAACUUUGGCCAAGCCAGGUUUUAGCAAUCUGUGUCUGGUCUGUAGCACAGCCCGGAUUGCCUGCCCGGAUCUGAGGAUCAGACCGGAACUUCCAUGGCACAAACAGUGCUUGUAGGGACUCUUCUCUGUAAGGUGCUUAUGUUAUUUUUCAUCUCACUUUAGAGAGCUGCCAAACUACAGUCCAGGACUGUGGAUGCCCUCCUUUUCUCUCCCAUUUACCCACCUAGUUCAAUGGCCUGGAUAAAACAGCCAUAGGAGUCUCUCUAGACUAGUUUCUCUCUUCCUUUUUGCUGUUUGCAUACUGGUGCCCAGGCACCAGCCACCAGAGCCUUCCACAGCAUAUCUCACAGGCACUGUAGCAGUUGCAUUUGCUCUGUAGCAAAAUGUCUCUGUAUCAUGGGCUUUAUUCUCUCAGUUGUGCAAUGAGUGCUGCCAGAUAUCACAAACUAGGAGGAACCUCCUUCUAGAGGGGGCAUUCACAAGUGUUUGUCAGCUGCCCCCUUUUUUGCCUCUUACUGGAGAAAUAUCUCUGGUCUGGAAGGUUGAAGUUCUGCUCCCAGGGUAUGCAUAGUACAACUCCUGUUGCCCUGGGGGAAGUAAGGGGGCAGAAAAUAAGUAUUUCUACAGCCUGGAAUAAGCCUUACCUGCAAAAGAAACCUUUGUGCACAGGAAUGGGAUCUCUGAGGGCAAUCGCACCUUUGCUGUAGUACUACAGUGUUCAUGGGUCAUCAGAUCAAGGAACAAGAGGAGGCCAUAAGGGUCACAGUUCUGUUUGUUUUGGGGAAAGGGGUUGGUUCCUGUGCCAUUUCAUCUCUGCAGUUUGCGUCCAGAUCAAAGCAGUCAUGAGAGUUUACAUGUGCAUCAUUUCAGGUGCUGGCCCUGUGAGUCCUGUAGCAGUGGAAAUCAUCUCCCUGGGGAGCAGCAGGCAAGCAGGAGAGCUAGGACAAUAUUGACAGGAGCAUGGUUAACGUGUAAGGAGGACAUUCCUUUCCUCACCUGUUGCUAAGCCUUCUGGCUACAAAUGCCUUUAAAACAGAUGUGAGCAGAAAUGGGAAUUCUUUGGAAGUUUGGGGAAAACUUUGAAAAUGUUGGUAGAAAAUUUCUAUUACAACAAAUCCCAGAGUAUUUUACCUGUAAUCAACCAGUGUGCAGUAUACACCAAUUGACUUGUAUUUUUGGUUUCUCAUCUGAAAGCUACUUGGUGCCCAGCAGUUUCUCCUCCAUAAAGAUUUCUCUUCCUGGCAGUGGUGUGCUCUAGGGUGAAGCAGCAAGCUACAAGUUCAAGGGCCACCAGCUUCUUUAUCAGCCUGACUUUGGCCAACGUACCUUUGCCUCUGCUCAGGAGUAGGAGAGAGCUGAGCAGGGUAAUCCAGGCACCAUUUUUUAUUUCUCUAUCCAUAGAUGAACAUAGUUAGCAUGAACUGGUUGAAAACAGCUCUGAGGUUGAGCUUACAACUUGUUCUUUUAAACUGCUGUUCAUCUUUCUGACUUCAAUUCUGUGUCCCUAUAUCCUAUCUGAGCAAGUCUACAAGCAGCCCUGGGGAUCAGAAAGGCCAGACUUCAAAGCAGUGUUAGAUGUAUUGUGGGUGAAGAUAUGAAACCCUCUCACAUUCCUGCUCAUCAGAGCUGAAUUCCCCCCCCCUCCCCCCAUAGAGCAAGUUGUACACAGAGCCUGUUGUCUGCUAAGAACCUAUCAGCUCAAGGAGUCAGGAGCAGCACAAAGUGCUUAAGCUUUUAUAAUUUUCUUUCUUUCAUCACUAAGAUGACACUGUGAAAACUUGAUAUGUUUUUACAGAGUAUCAGGUAAUCCAGUUAUGUUGUUUUCUAAUGCACUUGGAGUGCCAUGGUGCUGCAGCACCAGAGAGCUAAUAGCAGCCAGGCUUUUCCUUUACCUCCAGAUGUCCUUGAAGCUGCUGGCUUAUAUCAGAGACGUAAUAUUCUCCAUCCUGCUCAUUUGUGGUUCCAACUUGUCUCAGUCAACAACUUGUUCCUGAAGGAGCCGUCCACUGAGGGUCUGGUUUUGGUGAUUCUUUUGGUCUUAUUUCAGCUGCUGCCAGGAUUUUACAUCAGUCAGAGAAAAUGUGAAUCUAUUGAACCUUACGGAUGUGCAGUGCUAGAACAGAAGGCAAGGACUGUUACCGACAGAUGGAUUUGAACAGUGCACGUUAGAGGAAGUUAUUUUAUGCUUGCGUCCUUGAGUGAGGACACACCUGUGCUGGACUUCCCUUUUAGUAAGAAUAUUGCAGCCCUGGUUCAGGAUGAGUGCAGGGAGCAGUAGAGCAGACUGGGAGAGCCGGGGUGCUGGCUGUGGAGCUCCUUCAGGGACAUCUGCCGGCAGCGCGGCACAGCACAGCACAAGACGGGGCUUGCAAUUGCACUUUUGGUUCCUAGAUGCUUGGAGUCAGGCAGAGAUUAAUUUUGCACACAUUGGUAAGGAGGAGGGGGAGGCUUGGAGUGAUGGGAAAGGAAGUUACCAGAAACCAUCUCUGAAUGAGGUAUAGAGGAGCUGUAAAAUGCUGAUGAAUUUACUUUUGAGUUUACUUGGAAUUCUUAGAACAACAACUCACUCUUUUCCCA